UUCCCGUCGAGUGAGAAAAAUCGAAGCAGGCAGCCAUCUUAGCUCGUCCGCAGGUCACAGUCGUAAGAGCAGUGUGUGUCAAGUGCGUGCAAAAAUUUUCCUACCGUUCCCGAAUCAGCUCCCAACUUAGAAUCGCUGUACGAAAUGGCCCCAGCAGCAUCUGCAGGCACACUGCCCCUGAAGGCGGCUCCCUUCGAUCCGCGCUUCCCGAAUACGAACCAAACUAAGUACUGCUAUCAGAGCUAUCUGGACUUUCACCGCUGCGAGAAGGUGAAAGGCAAGGGCGACAAGGUGUGCCAAUACUUUAAGCACGUGUACGGCGAUCUGUGCCCGAAUGCGUGGAUCGAGAAGUGGGACAACCAACGCGGGGAGGGAACUUUCGCUGGUCGAAUCUAAAUGACAAAUGGUGGAAGUACAGUGUUUGUGUGGUCGGUCCCCACGGUGGGUCGAUCUGGUGUGACAGUAGAUGAUAAUGUAAGCAUAAAGAAGACCGACACGCACUGCUAAUAUCUCCGUUUGCUGUUGCGGUCACGCACUUUGCACCAGACGACGCUUUUUGGCAUGAUUUUCUGUGACCGAAGGUUUAUCUUAUAAUUGGCUUCUCAAAAUUCGCAAAUUGUCAACCUCGAUUGGGCAUUUGGCUUUAAAUUGGUUAGGAUGUUAGUACGAUUAGUGAUAACAGCAAAAGGGUUUGAAAUCUGUAGUAUCACACCGGCAAAAUGGCAUAACUGUGAACUUGCAACACCUUCAAGUGAUAAAUAAACUUAUCCAGAAAAUA